UCUGCUGUCAUAACAAACGGAUAAACAGUUAUUGAUCCUGCUCAUCAUAGGCUCAUCACUGGAAAUUGUAUACCUGUUGUGACACUCAUGUGCACAUUGAUUUUGCAAUUCAAGAAAAAGAAACAACGGAGAAGAUGACGCUUCUGACCAACGCUUCUGAAUUCCCAGCCGACACCAAAGUGAGGUUUCAUUUUGUCGCACAACUCAUAACCAGAAAUCCUGAUGAAGAAAUUGUACUGGGCAAAGUCAUUGAUGACAAUCGCAAUUACACCCAGCCCAUUGAAAUAUUGAUUGGCAAGAAAUUCAAACUGGAAGUGUGGGAAACGAUGGUCCAGGCAAUGGCUGUCAACGAAGUGGCAGAGUUUUAUGUAGACAAAACUCUCUGCUUGACCUACACUUUGGUUGCCAAAACACUACGAGAUGCCUACUCCAAAGACAAGCCUAAAACCCAAACGUGGCAGAUGGACGAAAACGAGAGAAUAAACGCUUUACCCAGAUUGAGACUAGAGGGAAAUGAGUUAUACCAGGAAAAAAAGAAUUCUGAUGCAUCCAAGAUUUACGCUCAGGCAAUAGGCAUCAUUGAACAACUGCAGCUCAAGGAAAAACCAGGAGAACAAGAAUGCCAAGCUUUGGCUGAUAUGAAGAUACCUUUCCUACUCAACUACUCUCAGUGCCAAUUAUUGAUGGGGAAUCACUACGAAGUCAUCGAACAAUGUUCCCAAGUUUUGUUUCAGCAGCCUAACAAUGUCAAAGCAAACUUUAGGAGGGGCAUGGCACACUUAAACACCUGGAAUCCGACAGAAGCUAAAAAUGAUUUUGAGAAAGCAGCUCUUAUUGACCCUUCACUGGCCAAAACCGUCCAGCAACAACUCAGCGAGCUAGAAGAAAUGAUAAAAGAGAAAAACAAGUCAGAUAAAGCCAGGCUAAGUCAAGCAUUUGGAAGUAAAACAUAAUAAAUCAGUCAAAUCAACCAUUCAAAAACUUAAUUGUUAAUCAAUAAACAUUUGACUGGGAAAAAGCCAUGACAUAUCUAGCAAUCAUAAAUUAUAUCAUGUGUCUUUCUUUA